CACGAAACGACCGUAGCCGUGAUGGCUGAAGAGCAGUGCGUGCCUUCCUUGCCCAGUAUUCAGGUCGAUUGCGCAUUCAGUUCUCGGGCCACUUGGCAGAGUAAGCCAGAGGCCGAUGAGCCAAGGCCCGAGCCAAGUGGAGUUGUGCUGCAAGGGUGCGAAUCUUACACGCAUAUUUCUUACAUUCUGCAAGACUCAGAGCCCAUUCGUUGAGAUUGAAUUGGAUGGGAAGUUGAUCGAUCGUACGAAGCCCGACGAGGAUGGUAACAAAAUGCCACGUUGGAACAAGAGGGUUCUGAUCAACACGGAUGGGCGAAUGUUAGUUUUUCGCGUCAAGGUGGUAGGGUCAUUUGACAAUAAGCUCUGCGGUGAGGGUCACAUCGAUUUGAGGAAGUGUUUGAAGGAUCAGAAGGAUGAGUUCGCAGUCCCGCUGAAGAAAGAUGGCGAGUCGACGGGGUUCUUAGCGUUCUCAAUACGUCCGUUGGGAGCUCGUCCAUUGAACGGCGGGAAUGCACAGGCGCAAGCGCAGAUGCAAGCGCAGAACCACGCUCAGAGCGGCUACCCGCAGCCGCAGGCCCCACCUGCAAGCUACCCGGCUACGCCCGCCGCGUCGCAUCUGCCCCACGAGCAGGCCCAGAUGCCACAGGCACAGGCAGGCGCACAUGCGCAAACCCACUACGGUGACGGUGGCCAAUCGCAGCCGCAGGCUUCCCCGCCAGGCUGGGCACCGCAGGCUCCACGCGCUGGCCCAGGCAUGGCUGCGGCGCCGCUUCCGCCGCAGCCACACGCAGGCGGCGCGUACGCGCACAACCACCACGGCCACACUGGCCAGCUGCAGCCACAGGCUCCACCAGCAGGCUGGAUGCCGCAGGCGCCUCACAGUAAUCCAGCCAUGGUUGCGGCGCCGGUUUCACCCAGCGUGCAGGCCCAGGCGCCGCAGCAGCUGCCGCUGCCAGCCAGACCGCCCGCCCAGCCGACCACCAACGAGGCCGCUCACGCUGGCCAGGCUAGCCAGGUCAAGGUGGGCUCGAGGGGCCAGCAGGCCGCCAACGAGCUCAUGCAGAGCAAGGACCGGAUGCGCGAGUACGCAGAUAGGCCGUUCAAGAGCUUGCAGGGGCGUGAGGAAUUGAACCUUGCAGAGUUCCAGACAGCGAUCAAUCAGCUUUGCGCCGAUUUCGAGAUGGCAAACCCGGGUGAGCGUGGUAUCGCGAAGAUGUUUCAGAAGCAUUCGGGCGGGGAGGGGAAAGGUGUCAACCGGGAAGAUUUCGAGGCUCUCAUGUUCCGUCUUUUGUGUUUCUUGCUCGCGGAGGGCGACGUCAGCAUCAGCAAGACCAAGCCCAAGGGUGGUGAGGCGCGAGACGCCCAGUGGAGAGAAGAGUUCCUGAAGACGAACAAACAGGCAAUCACUGAGGUGUACGACUUUGGGAAGAAGCUCGGAGAGGGCGCCUUUGGGGCUGUAUACAUGGCCUACCACAAGACAGAGCUGCAAGGCACCAGCCGGCGGCAGCGCGUGGCCAAGGUGAUCAGCAAGGCCAGCGCCGUCAAGAACGGCACCCCGCACGAGAAGGUGCGGGAGGAGUUCGCGGUGCUGAAGAGGCUCGACCACCCACACGUGCUGCGCAUAUUCGAAGACUUCGAAGACGAUACUAACUUUUACAUCGUCCUGGAGCCGUGCCGAGGCGGCGACUUGCAGGAGGCCGUGGCCAAGCCCCACACGAGCGACCCUCACGAGUGGGAGAGAUGGGUCGCCAAGGCACUGCAGCACACCCUGGAGGCAGUCGCGUACUGCCACGGCCGCGGAGUCAUCCACAAGGACCUGAAGCCGGACAACGUCAUGAUGGCCAGCCCGAAGGGGGCGCCUGUUCAGGACCUCCACAUAGUGGUGGUCGAUUUCGGCUUGGCGCAGAUGUUCGGCAGUCCCACGGACCGCAGCAACGAGAUAGCAGGCACGCCACCGUUCAUGGCGCCCGAGGUCUGGAAGGGCAAUUUCGGGAAGGCGUGCGACGUCUGGGCCUGCGGGGUCAUGCUCUUCUACAUGCUCUCCGGCACUUACCCUUUCAUGGCCUCGCGACUGGAAGAUUUCCCGCGAGCAGUGGCAAUGGAGCCAGAUUGGUCGCGCAUUGCCGGCGCCAGCCCCGAGGCCCAAUGGAUGUGCGCGGCGAUGCUGAUCAAGGACGAGCGCACCAGACCGUUCGCGCAGCAGCUGCUGCAGCAGCAGUGGUUCGCCACCCCGGACCUCGCCGGGCCCGGCGGCGGUGACAUGUUGUCCAACACCGUGCGGGUUGGCAUCAUGAGCGUGCAAGAGCGGUCGGACUUCGAGAAGUUCGUCGGCCGACUCGUAGCCACCCAGCUGGACGCUGGGCAGCUGAAGAAGGUCAACGAGGCCUUCCGCACCUUCGACAAGGACCGCGAUGGGACUCUGUCCAGGGAGGAGCUGGUGCACGGGUUGAUGACGCUCGGCGCCACGCAGGCAGAUGCAUUGAAGGUGGUGGACGGUAUGGACGUGGGAAAGACGGGCCAGAUCUCGUACACGGAGUUCCUGGCUGGAGCCACCGACUUGCGCCACAAAAGCCCGAAGGAGCGCGACGAGCUCUUGUGGCUGGCAUGGCAGCAGUUCGGCCCAGACAAGAGUGGAUUAGUAAGGACCUCGGACAUCCAGACGGCCCUGGCGGCUCGUGGCAUGACGGUGGCGGAGAUGCCCCAGGCGUUCAUGAAGCAGCUGCACAAGGGUGCCUCGAGCACCAUGACAUUCGACGCGUUCAAGCUGCUGUUCCAGGAGGACCAGUCCUGCUUCCUCAUGACUUCCGUCUGCCGAGUGAGCAGCCUCAGAUAGGCGCCGAACCAGCAGCCGCAGAUAGGGAUGCCUGGCACCAGGGCGCGCCUGAGAAAGUGCGCGGUCAGUGUUCCUCUUCACCUCACUCGCUCUUUGCAUUUUCCUCCCUCAAGACCUUUAUUGCGAAGGCCUUACGGCCUGUGCCGCCGACCC